AUGACUGGAUUGCCACACAAUGACAAUCCAGCCCCUGCCCUAGAGGACCUCAUAGGCAGGUGGGAAGACAGGAGACUCGUCGGCGUCUGGGGAGCAGAAGACUCCAGGGUCCGAAUCCCUGCCCUGCCUCAGGAGGUCACUUUUCGGAGUGUCAGUUUCUUCUGUGGAAGAAAGGGGCAGCUGGGAAGCUGCCUCCCAGGACUGUGCAAACCAAAGCACAGCACAGAAGCGCUAAGCACGACCUGGCACAGUGUCAGCGCACAUCUGUGCCCGAGAGGCGGUCACCCAGCUGCCCUGAGCCACAGGGAGGCUCAACCAGCAGCCUGGCACCGCAGGGUGCCACAUCUGCCGGCCCUGGAAAGCGUGGGCACAGCCUGUGCCUCAGAGACCAGGAAGCCAUUCCUGUCUCCGGAACACGGGACGUGCAGAGACACCAGACAUCUGAGCUGGGGCCUGAAUGCCCUGUCCUUCCAGAGCUUUUUGGAAGAAGUUUCCUGCUCACAGGGUCUCCUGGGUGUAGACCUGGAUCCUCAAAAACCUGGAAUCUUCCAUGCCCUGAAGAGAAUGAAGACCCAGGCUGGCCGGCGGCCCGGCCUGCUGAAAGUGAGGAAGAAGUGGCUGCUCCCGGCCGUCUGUGGCUUCUUCUGCCUGCUCUCGGUGGUCAUGACCAGCUGCUUCCUGUGGCAGUACCACCUCCCCAAGCUGAAGACUGGUUCCUUGGGACCAGAAGAGACCUCUGCCCCCGUGAUGAUGUGUCCCCGGCACCCCGAGCCCGUGCCGCUGGCCCACCCCCUCCCCGUGUUGAAGGAGGCCCUGGAAAAGGUGGAUGGGAUCCUUCGCCAGGCAAUGUCUGCCCCCGGUCUGGCUGCCAUGUCUGCAGUUGUCAUUCACAAUGACACUGUGCUCUGGACUGGGAACUUUGGGAAGAAGAAUGGCUCAGAUCCAGCUUCUGGGACCCCCAAUGAGUACACCAUGUACCGCAUCGCCAGCAUCUCCAAGAUCUUCCCAGUCCUCAUGCUGUACCGCCUGUGGGAGGAGGGCAUCGUGGCCUCCCUGGACGACCCCCUGGAGCGUUAUGCCAGCACCUUCACCAUCAACAACCCACUGGGCGCAGUGUCAGCCCUGGAACAGCCGGGCCUGGUGGACGGGCUGCAGGAGGUGGGCCCCGCCCCGAGGCCUUCACCUGUCACCCUGCGAAGGAUGGCCAGCCAGCUCUCAGGGCUGCCCAGAAGGCUGCGCUCCACCUCGCUGCUGUGGAGGGGUAGCACCCAGGAAGCCCUGAACCUGCUCAAGGACGAUGUGUUGGUGGCAGACCCGGGGACCAGGUGCCAUUACAGCACGCUGGCCUUCUCGCUCCUGGCCCACGUCCUGGCGGCUCACACGGCUCAAGGCGACUACCAGCGCUGGGUCUCGGAGAACGUGCUGGAGCCGCUGGGGAUGGCGGACACGGGCUUCGAGCUCACGCCGGCGGUGCGCGCUCGCCUGGCGGCGGGCUUCUACGGCAGCGGCCGGCCGGCGCCGCUCUACGACCUGGGCUGGUACCGGUGGGCCUCGGACGGACCUCAGCCCGCGUGCGAGCUGCUGCUUACCCUGGAGGAGGGAGGCUUGCGCACAGAAACUCGGAGUAAGCGUUGA